UAUACCAUCAAAUGUGCCCCGUGUAAUAAUUGCUUUCAUUUUUAAGUCUGAAUCUGGUUUUCGGCUUCAGGAGGACUAGAACCGAAAGCCAAAUACAUAAAUUGAGAACCUGCCUUCCAGAAGCUGACAGAUUCUCACUGCACUUGAAAUUUAGCUACACACGAAAUCACCACUGUCACUGAUACUAGUCAUAGCACCUAGUAAGACAUCAGCCAAUCAGUCUCAAAGUAUAGCCAGUUUGUCUGGACUCCUAGAAAUAUGCCAAGACCUCCUACCAAACGCAGUCGAUUCACAUCAGAAACUUCCAAGACUAAGAACCAUCAUGCCACUGACACUGUCGGCUCGACGAAGCAGUCCUCAGAAGAUUCGAGUCACAACUAUCCGAAUCUUUUGCACAUGACGGAGCGCCCCGACUUUGCUUAUGUACCACACCAGAACGACCAGACGCCUGUAGUUAAGACUCACGACUAUGCAAUUGAUUCAUCACCACUGGAAGAGUGUGGUCCGACCAGCGGCCGUCCAGUCACACGAGCUCGUGGAUAUUCCUCUACACUGUCUAUCAUCGGUCGGAAAGGCGAUGGAAGUUCAAAGAUUCCGGGUACACCUGCUUAUGAGAGUUCGGUACUGAGCAAUUUCAGGAGACGGCCACGGCAGCCUAGCAUUCUUCACAUAAUGCAAGCCGAUGAUAGUUCCUCAGAUUUGGAUGACGAAGACUUCCUUGGAGGUUUAAGUCCCGAGGACGAGUCUACACCCUUAGAUAUAUCGAGGGUGAGAUCACUCAUACCAGCGCACGUCACCACAUCGUCAUCACCUGGCCCUUCAUCACCUUCCAGCAACAAACAGCGCAAGCGUAAAUCGCCAGCUGAGGAGAUUGAGAUUGAGUAUGCUUCAGACUCGCAAGCAGUGCGGCACUCUCCCUGUACUUCGAUAACGGUGCAGGAAAGUAAUCAACCAGGAUGCACAAUGCAGCAUCUCAUGUCGCCAGGUGCUAUGAGUGAAACAAUGGCACCGCCUAUGAGCAGCAGCCCUGCGGCAAGUCCCGUACUUACGCCCUCGAUUACCAGUGCGGAAAUGUCCUUAGCUGUCCCUAAAAUUACAUUAGGGAUUCUCAGUGAACAAAGAAAUAACGUGAGCAAGAAUGUGCCUACACUGGCGCUACAAGAUAGACUGCUACCUCGGAGAACCAAAGCUCAGCGCAAAUGUCUCGCAAGCACCCUGAGUGAUAGUAGCUGCUCCGAGUCAGAGCAGGAUGAGGAUGAAUUGAGCUAUGCUCCACCGGGAAAAUCCUGUCAGGCAUCUCGAACUCACAUCCGCAGGCCCAAAUCCCAGAAGCCUCGAAAUAAGUUACAGGAAGAGCGGACAAAAACUGCUACGAUCGAGUCACGAAAGAGAAAUGGUUGCGAAAGUCACAAAUGCAAGAGUAGGACAAGAGUGGGAGCCGACCCGCUUCUCUGCGCAAGAAGCAAUGCACCUGAAGAGCCUCCAUUGCCUUCGUCGUCGCCUUUGUCAUCGCCGCUCGGUUCCAAUGCCUACUGCUCAGGUGUGCCAUCGGGAUUUGAGAAGCUGCUCAAAGACAGGUAUCUCAGCGAGGAGUUGAGACUGCAGGCAAAGAAGUUUGCCGACGUUGAUAAAUGGGUGUUAGAUUAUGAAGAUGUAAAUCCUUAUGUCAGCCAAGGCAGUGAUGCUUUCAGAUAGGGAUACAAAUCAAUUCCUCUAUAUCUUCAUCUUGUUGACCAUGUGAUUCGACAGUAUGUGUGGACUCUG